GAGCUAAAAACAUCACUCGUCGUCGUGUUCGUCGUCGGUUGCUUCAUCAUUACAUCCGCGGUCGUCGUACGUUCGUGAGUGUACGUAGUUUCGUGUCUCCGGAAUCCAACGCACGUCGAGGUGCAGGAAUAUUUUUUCAGUUCCAACCGCCUCUGCUCGAUUUCCAUCAGUGCUUCGAAUCACGGAGAAGAAAAAACGCGUUUUUCACGCAGUGGAGUUCAGUUUUGUGGCGAUAAAAGUGCAGAAAAAGGAUCGCAUUUUUCUGUAGCACAAUUUUUUUUUUUUGUGGUUGAACGAGUGUGCGUGUGGAACGGGAAAAUAUCGCUUUUUUGCUGCUGCCCCGAUAACGAAGACGACGAGAGGAAAGUUUCCAGCUUGCUGUGCCCGCAGAGGAAGCAUAUCACUCUUGUGCAAGUGUUCUGUUUUAAUUUCGAAGAAUAAAUAAGUUAUGUGAGCUCAUUCCUUUGGCUGGUGUGCUUUGAUCUUUGUGCAGUAGGCCGUGUUCGAGAUAAAGGAGUUUUCUACUUGGAUUCGUACGUGGUUCGACGGAGUAGCCGCAUUCGAAAGAAGGGGUUUUUGUUCUCAUCCUCAUCGGAGUGAUUCAGACACGAAAUCCCAUGAGCAAUACAUGACAUAUUGGUAUUGAUAGGCGAAGCCAAUUGCAAUUCAAACACGGAAGGUAGUGAAGUUAAAAGUGUUGGGGCUUUUCGCGUAGCUCAAAGAGGGGGUAAUACAGGUGUCGCGUGCGUGCAUGUGCUAGAAGAGUGAAAGAGUGGGAGCAGGUGACGACAGAUUAAAAUUCGUGCUCCGCGCGUUGAAGAAAGAAAGUUGGUGUACAGUUUGAGCCGCAAAGCAGAGAAGGAAUUCUGUGUUCUGCUGUGCAGCAGCAGUGGUAAAACAUCAACAACAUAAACAACCAUCAGUGUACCGGGUAGUGGUAGUGGUGGUAGCAAUAGCUCAAGGCGGAAAGCAGCAGCGGUGGUGUAACGCAAAACAACAGAGAGCAGCCUCACAAUGCGCGAAUAUAAGAUUGUUGUGCUCGGAAGCGGAGGUGUCGGCAAAUCCGCCCUGACAGUGCAGUUUGUUCAGGGUAUAUUCGUGGAAAAAUACGAUCCCACGAUAGAGGACAGUUACCGCAAACAGGUGGAAGUGGACGGACAGCAAUGCAUGUUGGAAAUUCUGGACACAGCAGGAACGGAACAAUUCACGGCCAUGCGAGAUCUGUACAUGAAGAACGGCCAGGGUUUCGUACUGGUGUACUCCAUCACAGCACAAUCGACCUUCAACGACCUGCAAGACCUGAGGGAACAAAUUUUGAGGGUGAAGGACACUGACGACGUUCCGAUGGUACUGGUCGGCAACAAGUGCGAUCUCGAGGACGAACGGGUGGUCGGCAAGGAGCUCGGCAAAAGCCUCGCCAACCAGUUCAACUGUGCAUUCAUGGAAACGUCAGCCAAAGCCAAAAUUAAUGUUAACGACAUUUUCUACGACUUAGUGCAACAAAUUAACAAGAAGUCCCCCGAGAGAAAGCCCAACAAAAAGAAAAAAUCGCUGUGCGUGCUGCUCUAAGUAAACUAAAAAACUAUUCUACUAUUACUACUAAUUAACAAAAAAAAAAGAAGAGAAAAGGUAAUAAUAAUAAAAAUAAAGAAUGCAAAGCGAAACAAACUUGCAAAUGGGAAGAAAAAGACGAAGAAGGAAAACGCCGUUCGUUCGUUCAUUCGUUUAGAUGCGAGGGGCAAACAAAGGCGGAAAAGUUAUAAAACGUUUAUUAUUAAAGAUGGACAAUUGAAAAGCAAGAAGGAGAUGCAAAAACGUAAAGUGAGAAACAAACAAUCGGGACAAAACAAAAUCAAAGGAAUUGCAAGAAAGGUGGUGAGGUUCACAUGCUUGCCGUGUGGACACGUGCGAUGUACGAUAUAUGGUAGAUUGACGAAGGAAUGGAAGAAGUAUCAUUUCAUAAGAACAUACUACUUACUUGAGGGCGAUUUUUUAAAGAAAAUAUUUUUCUUUCUUGAUAGAAGGCACAGUCAAAAAACGGACGGAGGCACACGGUUGCACUUGUAUGGAAAUGAAGCAUUGGGCAGGAAUUUGUGGUACAACAGUGGAAUUAUAGUUUGGGGAAUAGAUCGAGGGAACGUGUAUAUUGUUUGUCUUUUUACACACAGCCUCUCUAACUUUCUCGCAGACAGACAAGCGCCAUCAUUGUUAGUUGUGAUUCAUUCAUUGGGUUCUGAUUUCUGAGAAUUCGCUCCACCGAUGCGUGUGGUGGUUAUUAAAGGUGUUACUCUCUUUCUAUCAACCGUGAUUAUUUGGCUUCCAUUUUGUAUACACAGAAAACAUUCGCACACACAUACUGACACAUUCACACAUUUUUAAACAACUGGUCACAAUCUAUCUACAAUGGGAACGCAAAUAUCAAUAGAAUACGAAAAAACGGAAAAGCAAAAUACCGCUGCAUGAUGAUUUGUGUCGGUGUAUAAAAAGAAAAUGGCCGAUCGAACAAUGUGACAAAUGUCAAUGUCAUCCACGCUAAGAAGCAUCUACUCGAUCGUGAGGCUAACAUUAUUUUCUAUAGGGAAGUAGGGUAACCCAAGGGUAAAGAUGAAGAUUUUUUUUUCAAAGCCUCAUCAACAAUAUUUGUUAUUCUUGGGUUGAUAUACUCGUUAUGAAAAUAUAGCAAAAUAUAUCCCCAUUAUCGACUAGAUGUUUUUUUCGUGGACAGACAAAGCGACAGAAUAAUUUGAUGAUCUUCUUGACAGAUGAAUACAAUACUUGUUCAACAUUCACCCAUAGAAAAAAAAAAGAAAAAUGUCGUUCAUUUAUAUAGAAGAAACAAUAUACAACUGUACAAGCGAAGAAAAGUAUUACGAAAGAAACAUUCAACUGAUAUGAGUAGCAAACCAAACAAAAACAUAACAUAAUAGACAAGUCGAGUAAACUGUAUGAUGUAAACUUGAACAAGUUAGAUUUUGUACUAUUUUUAACGAAGUUGUAUUAAAAUUUUCUACUGUCAUAUGCGAAAUUCUUGCGCCACGUAUUAGGUGAGCAACGAUUGUAGUUCUAUUGUUCAUCCUGUUCUCAUAUACAGUCUGAAUCAUCCGCCGAAAACUCUGCGUCGGACUUUUCGGAGUGCCAAACACACAGUCACAAAAUCAUCAUCGUCGUCUUCUCAAUAACACUUUGAAACGCAUUUAUCUCACAUUUCAAACUUGCUACUGUUGUUGACUUGUAGUGAAAGAUUUCAACUCCUUUGAAUCACUCCUCUCGCUUACGAGUUCAUGUUCCGUUAAUAGUUCGAAGCAUUAUUUCUCUUAGUAUUUCAACCCAUUCCAACGUUUUUCACGCUAAACUUUACAAAAAAGCUGAUAAUUAAAACUCGUUUUAGAUGAAAAAAAAAAACGAAACAGAAAUCAAUAAAAUUACAAAUUGAAAAAAAGAAAAUAGCAUAAUCAAACUGAACAAAAGAAGACGGAAACAAACAAUGCGAGUUCGCCUUUGUUCGAGUUUUAAUAAGAUUAAAUAGAAACAAAAAAAAAACAAAAUUGCAGCAUACAUUUAAGCCAAAUCGUAAUCAAUCAAGCAAAAAGCUCGUCAUCGUGUCGUUGUCGUCGUCAUGGAAACAAGAAAAAGAAGCAAAAACACACAGUCACCUUCCCGCACUAAGCCUCCGCCCCCGGAUCAUCAGUUUUUAAUGUGUGCGUGUGGGUAUCAAGUAGAUAGUACUCUUCCAAUUCACAUUGAUUGUGUAAAACUAAACAAAAAAAAAUAGUCGAAACAAAGCCUCUAUUGUGUUGGUGUUAAAUAGAAAUCAACAGCAGAAAACGGUUAAGAGAAAUGUUGUACAAUUCACACCCUUUAUCCUAUAAAUUCCUGAACUCUCCACACUCUUUUCUGUUUCCGCGCACAACCAUGUGGGUCCGCUCACCGAAAGCGUGGGCGCUCCAAACAUGGCGGCAAUUAUUGUCAACUCACACACACAUCCAAGCACUCACUGAUCGCUGUAGUAUCUCACACACAAUCGCACACCAGAUAAAGAAAAAAGAAGAAACAAGUGUUGUUAUAUUAUCGUCAUUUUCAUUCGAGUCGAAUGUAGAGUAACCAAUUUUCACCCACGUGUUGAUCCACGCGUGGUGAUGAUGAGAGAAAGACUUUCCAACCCUCCCCUGCCUCUAGCCUAGCUUUUGGUAAACAUCGCCAUUUUACCCUCCCCCAACAAAAAAAAAAGAAUAACCGUCAAACCAUCAUCAUCAUUCAAACCAGAAUGAAUCCUUUGAAUACACACAAACACUCUCAUACCCAAACAACAAACAGACAAACACAAAGACGCUCUCACUCCUUUCGGAAACAAAAAAAAAAUGAACAUUCAAAAUGAAGACAAACUCAAACCUACACAUGCAACAUCAUUGCAAACGGACCGUUAAAAAAACAAGAAAAAUAUUUCUGUGUAACCAUGCAAAACAAUCUAUUUUCUAAUGAAUAAAAAGUAUAUAUAUACAACA